AUGGCUUACCCAACCCAACUCGGACUACAAGACGCUAUCUCCCCCAUUAUAGAAGAGUUACUACACUUCCACGAUCACGCCCUAAUGGCAGUACUUUUAAUUAGUAUACUUGUACUAUAUAUUAUUAUUACAUUAAUAGCCACCAACCUCUCAAGCACUAAUACAAUUGAUGCGCAAGAAAUCGAAAUAAUCUGAACUAUUAUACCUGCUAUUAUUCUUAUUGUAAUUGCCCUACCGUCCCUACGCAUUCUCUAUUUAAUAGAUGAGGUUAGCAGCCCGGAUAUAACUAUUAAAACAGUUGGCCACCAAUGAUAUUGAAGUUAUGAGUAUUCAGAUUUUGCUAACUUAAAUUUUGACUCCUAUAUGGUCCCCUCAAACGACCUAACCCCCGGUCAAUUUCGUCUUUUAGAAGUAGACAAUCGAAUAGUUACCCCUAUUGGGACAGUUACCCGAACUAUUAUCACAGCCGAAGAUGUCCUUCACUCAUGGGCCGUCCCGGCCUUGGGAGUAAAAAUAGACGCCAUCCCAGGGCGUCUAAAUCAAACUUCCUUCCUCAUUGCCCACCCCGGAGUUUAUUAUGGUCAAUGCUCCGAGAUCUGCGGGGCGAAUCACAGCUUUAUGCCAAUUGUUGUGGAAGCCCUACCAGUGCCUAAUUUUUUACAUUGAUUAAACUCCCAUAACGAAU